AUGGCAUUUAGAAAUUGGGAUUUAUAUGAAUACCCUUUACUUCCUACAGCAACUAAGCAUUCCUGGUCUAUCAAGACUGCGUCACAAUUAGAGAAACCUCGAUAUGUAAUUUUUUGUUUACAAACAAACAAAAAAAAUCAAAAAAUUAAAGACUGUUCAGUAUUUGAUCACUGUGGAGUGAGAAAUGUGACAUUGUUUUUGAAUUCACAAUAUUACCCAUACGAGCCCUUAUGUUUAAAGUUUUCCGAAAACAAAUUUAAUAUAUUAUACGAAAUGUAUGUGAAAAUUCGCCAGUCGUACUACAACUGUCCCGCAGACGCAUUACUUGAUUUAAGUAGCUUUAAGGAGAAGGCUCCGCUAUUUGUGAUAGAUUGUUCAAGACAAAACGACACUCUAAAAACAGGACCCGUAGAUGUUCGUUUGGAGAUUGAAUGUACAACGGCAAUACUAUAG